CUGUAACUUUGAAGAGCAAAGGCCAAAAAAGAGUUUUCAUUAAAAAUGACUAAAGGUGGAUCUAGGAAAGAGGUAGCUUUUCAUCACAGUAACGGAUCUGUAAGUCCGAWUGAAAAUGGGCWAGAGCAUAAAGAGAUUAAGAAGACAGCAAUGAAACCAAGUACCCUUACGCGAGAUGAGGUCCAGAACUGCCACCGUGAGCCAUUCAUCAAUUCAGGAUACAGAGAGUCUGAAAACAUCACAGUACGACAAUGCAUUGCCACUCUCUUCACCRUCCAUAACGAAACAUUCAACAUUUGGAGCCAUCUUAUCGUAGCAGUGGGACUUUUCCUUUACUUUAUGAGCCACAUUAUUGAUCAUGCCAUUGUGGGAAAUCCCUCGAUCUACCCCUUGCUCUGUUAUGUAAUUGGCAGCUCUAGUAUGUUUCUUUCGAGCUCGCUUGCUCAUCUGUUUUGCUGUAUGUCGUGGAAAGCACGACAUGUUUGUUUUUAUGUCGAUUAUGCAGCAAUCGGUGUUUGCAGUUUAGGAUCUACUAUAGGAUUCAUAUUUUAUUGUCGACCUUCACCGGAGCAAUCCUCUGUUUUGCACACUAAUCCUUAUUAUUUCCUGGGCAUUUCAACCGGCAUAGCUGUAAUUAAUACCUAUUUUUGUUGCAUCUCUCGCCAUCGACUCUCAAAAUACCGCUUUCUGCUUCGAACUGGAGUAUAUCUCAUUAAAGUCCUGUUUGACUUGUCUCCCUAUUGGGCUCGCUGUGGCCUUUAUCAGUCAAAUAUCUGCAGUACCUUUGUCCUCGACGCCUUUGAGCGUUUUAAGUUUUGUUUCAUAGUGUCUGCAAUAGUGAACGUGACACAGUUACCAGAGCGUCUUUUUCCUGGCCAUUUCGAUUUGCUUGGUAAUAGUCAUCACUUCAUACACGUUUUAACUCCUGUGGGAGUCUACAAUGUCUUUCAUUUGUUUCUUUAUGAGAUGAUUGAAAGGAAAGAUUUAAUAUCCACCUCACAAUACCCACCAACCUUUCUAACAUCGUUUGGCUUUCUCAUUGUUCUGACGUCCAUCAAUUGUUGUGUUGUUGUGUGGUUUGUUUCGAAUUGGCUUCAAGCUGAGGAAGAGGAACUAUUUUCUGGUUCAAAGUAUCUAGUUUUCCAGAAGAAGUCAAGUGAAAUAAAGCGUCAUCUGGCAAAUGAUCUGAAAAGGCUUAAAGUGAUGUAAUAAUAAUAGAGAGGUUUAGCAUGACGUUCACGGCAAACGCCAAACGGCAGAAAAGAUCACGUGACCUGGUAUUUUUGAGUUUAACGUUGCAGUUUCAACGCGAGAGCGGGUUAUUUUCAGGUUGCCAUAGUCGUGAAAAGCCGCUCUUUCAAAUGACUACCAAAAGCACAAGGUCGGGCACAAAAUUCUUAGGUCAUCGGUUCAGCUCUGCCGUUAGCCGUUUGCCGUCAACGUGAUGCUAAAACUCUCUAAUGCGUCACCUCUGCCGUACUCUACGCAAAUUAUGUAAAUCUCUUGUAUUCUCACAUAAUUUCAUGCUUGAUAGCCACGCUUAUAUGAGGUGGAAAGUUACAUGUUGUUAUACACACGAGUUAUGUAUCACUGUAACCGUUGGAAAAACCCACAUGUUAUUCUCUUACUUAAAUGUAAAUUGAAAAUAAGCCUUCUAAUUUAUCAAAUUCAUUUUGCCUUC